AUGAUCAGGUGCAUUGUUUCUAUAUACACUUGUUGUUUAAUGUAUUUUGGAUACUGUUAUGAGGAGUCACAUCAGAAUUUACUGUUCAAGAUGCAUUUACAAUUAACAAAGACAGCAAAUAGGUCCAACUGCUGGGUGUGCUCCAAACCCCCUCCGAGCCAGAGCAUCCCGGCGAUGGCGGCAGUACAUGCCCUUUAUGACAUCAGGGUGGGCAUGAGAAAAUUUAGUCCUUCAGGUAGAUCAGUGGAACGCCAUCUGUCCAUAGAAUUUAAUCAGACAUUCUUAGAUGGUAAUGUCACCUAUGGUCUUGAUGUCAGCCCCGAGGCUUGUACUAGACUUAGCAGACCCGUGUGGGUAUCCGGUCAAUUAGGCCAGUCCGGGAUUUGUUUUAAUAUCAGCUCUGGUUUUGGAGCCAAGUCCCUGGGGAGGACCGAAUGCCCAUCUGGGAUAACCAUCCAGUUGUUGCGCAAUGCCCGUAACCGUAACCCCAAUGACCUUUGUGUCUCAUUAACUGGGCCCUUUUACUUUUUGUGCGGCCAGGCUGCCUAUAGAGUCGUUCCCCCGAAUACUAGAGGGUCAUGCUCCUUAGUCAGGUUAGUCCCUGCCUCCUACAUUGCCGAUGGUCACAAGGACCUGAUGGUGCAGAGGAGGGUAAGUGUGGGAAGAAGGACCAGGAGAGAGCUAUUCUCCGCAGGGGACCGUGCAUGGGCAUGGUUUCCGGCAUGGACCGGAUGGGGUAUAGAACUUAUGAAGCGGCUAAAUAAUUUUUCCAUCAUAAUGGACGAGAUGUUUAAUGAGACAGUCGAAGCCAUGAGAGAAAUUUCUUCUGAACAACGACAGCUGAAGACCCUUAUGCUUCAGGAGAAAAUGGCUCUCGACUAUCUUUUAGCAUCAAAGGGGGGUUUCUGUGAGUUCAUUGGGGAGGAUUGCUGUACCUGGGUGGAAGAUACUGGGGACAAGGUUCAGGCCCAUCUUGACAAGGUGAAAGCGUUACAGGGACAAGCACGUGCUAUUGCAGAGGAGGGUUGGAACCCCUUUAAAGGUUUAGGGGGCUUCGGUGAUAUGUUGUUUUCUAUUGGAUCAUGGCUUAAAGAAGUUGGAGUGUAUGUCCUGAUGCUGCUCUGCUUUCUUUUCCUCCUCUAUGUGACGGCGAGAAUGACCUGUUGUUUGGUGAACCAAGUUGCAAAGAGCCGUGCAGAGGACCAUGUGAUGAUUCCAUAAAGAGCCAUCGCCUGAAGCAUCCGGAACCCUUUACCUCAGGAAGAUCAGCACAGGAAGAACCACCACCUUUUUUUUAACAAACUAUGGACUGUCCCUAAAAGAACCGACUUCUUCCCUUCUUGGAGACUUUUUUUGGGCUGUUCUUCUCAAAGAAGACAUAACCAGAAACCUUGUAUGAUGACAUCACCUCCCUGAAGGCCAGUCUGGACCUCAUGAUCAAGAUAUAAA